UCGUUAGCACGGCAUUCCUGCUGGAGGACGGGCUAAUGCUCUCUGGUGAGAAAAUAAGUUAUGAGAACAGAUACUACUUUAGACAUUACUGUACACAGACAUGUUUCACUUAUGUUUGCUGGAGCUCACCUGUGUGUGAGGGAUGGUAGUGUUGUUAUUACACCUGCCUGACAGGUACUUGGGAUUAUUUUCUACCAGCAGGUUCACUUGUCACGUGCAGGAUAGUGAAUUGGUUCAGAAGCAUUGACUGAAUCGGUGAAACAUCCAGAAAAUGUGAUCAGAAAAACAUUUAGUCUGGAGCUCCCUACGUUGCAUGUGGACUUAAAUACUUGGAAACAACUCGCAAAUCUUCUUCUGUGGAUACUCCCCAGUCACACAAAGCUGGUCAAAUUCACAGGGAAGUCUGGAAACGCUACAUCCUAUACAAAAGCCUACUGAGAGACAGGCAGCACAAGAUCGGACAGUGUUCGCGAGGAUGCCACAGAGCAGGGCGAACAGCGCCCCCUGUCUGUACUUCCCUCAGACCGGGGAGGACGCCUCCAACACGUUUGUUAGCUCUGAGGCUCUGACCUUCGACGUCUUUAACACAGUCACCACGUUAAGGAAGCUGUUGGUUUUCUUGGAGCCAGUCACCAUUUGCUGCCGAUUGGUUAAGUACGUCCUGGGGUGGAAGAUUUGUUCACUUCUGGGCUGUGUUCUCCUAAAUGUUCUGUUUCUCACUCUGAGUGAAGAGGCCUGGUUCCUCCUGGGCCUGCUGUGCACCCUUGCCCUGGCCACCCUGGGCUACCUGAAGGGGUGCCCCAGGUGGGGAGGGUCUAAACGGGCCUUUCAGAGAAGGAGCUCCAGUGGAGAGAGAGCAGCGGAGCUUCACCCCUCUCAGCAGGAGCUGGCCCUGGAGCUGAAGUCCCUGUUGCUGGAGCUGGACGGCAUGAUGUCCCAGGCCUGCCUCUCAGCUGAGUCCACCUACAGGCUGCUGUGCUGGGGGAGAUGUAGGAGCUCUGCACUGUUUUACGGUAGUCUCCUCACACUGCUGUACCUGUUGUAUACGGCACCAGGGAGAUACACUCUGCUGCUGACCAACAGCGCCCUCUUCCUGUGGAAGGGAGAACUGCAUCAAGUGGUCAGAAACAUCUUUUGGAGGCGGUCUAAAACCACAGAAGAUGAGCAGUCUGUGAACCGGGGGAAGACCCCCUCCCCUGGCCAUGCAGGCCUCUCCUGGGUGGUUGGGGAUUCGAACGACCCGGAUGCUGAUUAUGACUUCAAAGAUGCAAUCGAGGACGGCGAUGAUGACGAUUCUCCCCUAAUGCUCAGGCGUGGAGCGCUAGUGGGUUUAAUUCCAAGCUUUCACCAGAAGGGGCAGAAGCGAGCCAGGAGACCCAGACUGCAUUCCAGCAGCAACUCCGGUAACUGCUCCCGAUGUAACACCAGCUUUUCUGUGCUAAAGAAAAAGAAAAACUGCAGUAACUGUGGGAGCUCCUUCUGCACACGCUGCUGCUGCAAGGUGCAGAGGUCCUGUCUGGACACCGCAGCUCCAGAUCAGAAUGGGACGGUGUUCGUCUGCAACCUCUGCAACGUGUCCCUCAGCAAGCAGGAGUAGAGCCUCCUCCUCCCCCUCCUCUCGCUCCCUCCAUCCCUCGCUCUCCCUCUAUCCCUCCACUCUUCCUCAUCCCUCCACUCUCCCUCCAUCUCUCUUUCUCCCUCAUCCCUCUCCCUCCCUCCAUCCAACUGCACUCUCUCCCUCCCUCAUCCAUCCCUCUCUCUCUCUCUCCUGCUCUCUCUCUCUCUACUCAGUUAAAUUAAAAUGUAAUUAAUGGACUCAUAAGUAUACACAAAUUUUGUAAGCAUGGUGUUAACUGCAGUAAGCUGAGAAAAAAUAAAAAAAGAAUCUCUCUUGCAAUAAUUCAGUUACAUAAACUGCAUUUAGUAGCAUUAGAGUCAAUAGCUGUUUCCAAAGCAUUAUUUAGCAAGACAAUAUACGCUUCCCUAUAUAUGAAUAUCAGCAACAUUAACAUGACAGAAACUUUAUUAAAAACUCUCUCUCCCCUCCC